AGUGGCAACUGGUCAGAAGAUGGUUGUAGAGUAUCAUGGACCAAUGAAACGAUGACCAAUUGUAGCUGUGACCAUAUGACGAACUUUGCACUUUUAAUGAGUGUCGACCAGCCCAACUUACUGGACAAUAUCAUAAUUGAUACUAUAUCUCACGUCGGUUGUAUCAUCUCCAUUGUGGCUCUCAUGCUCACUAUCAUGAUCAUUGCUGUUUCUUGGAAGUAA